UCAGAGUCACAGAGCCGCCCUUAAGGAACGGGGAGAGUGCCACUUGGGAGCAAUCCUUGGCAAUCCAUUCGGUAAAAGUGGGUCCGAAAAUCAUCCCGAGUAUCCGUACGCGGAGACUCUCUCCCUUCCUCUCUCUGCUUUCCUGCCACCGCUACUACUUCCACCAUUACCAUCUUCCUCUCCUCCUCCUCCUCCUCCUCCUCCUCCUCCUACGCCUUUCCGCUUCUACUUUCUCUCUCUAUAACACAUACAGAAACACUCACACACUCACACAACCACACCUUCUCUCUCUAGAACUCCAUACCCUGCAACAAUGACGGACACCACGGACGACAUAGCGGAGGAAAUCUCCUUCCAGAGCUUUGAAGACGACUGCAGAAUGCUCGGCAGCCUUCUCCAGGAGGUGCUGCAGCGAGAGGUCCGAAGCCAAAUCACGGAGAAAGUCGAAAGGACCCGAAUCCUCGCUCAGAGUGCUUGUACUAUGAGGAAUGCGGGGAUAGAGGACGUUGCCGAGGUGCUGGAGAAGCAGCUGGCAUCGGAAAUAUCAAACAUGAGCUUGGAGGAGGCUCUGAUCCUCGCUCGUGCUUUCAGCCAUUACCUCAAUUUGAUGGGCGUCGCCGAAACCCAUCACAGGGUUCGCAAGCAACGAAAUGACUCGAAUGAGGCAUCUCUGUCGAAAUCUUGCGACGAUAUUUUUAAUCAGCUUGUGCAUGGUGGUGUUUCUCCUGAUGAGCUUUAUAAUACUGUUUGCAAGCAGGAGGUUGAAAUUGUUCUUACUGCACAUCCUACGCAAAUUAAUCGUCGUACCUUACAAUACAAGCAUAUAAGAAUUGCUCAUCUUUUAGACUACAAGGACAGGCCGGAUAUUGGUAACGAAGACAAAGAAAUGCUGAUUGAAGAUCUGGUGAGAGAGAUUACCUCGAUAUGGCAGACAGAUGAGCUUAGGCGCCAUAAACCUACACCGGUCGAUGAAGCUAGGGCAGGUUUGAACAUUGUGGAGCAGUCCCUUUGGAAAGCUGUACCUCAUUAUCUUCGGCGAGUUAGCAAUGCUUUAAAGAAGCAUACCGGAAAACCACUUCCAUUAACUUGCACACCAAUCAAAUUUGGGUCUUGGAUGGGGGGUGACAGAGAUGGAAAUCCUAAUGUAACAGCAAAGGUCACAAAAGAUGUCUCACUUUUAUCUAGGUGGAUGGCCAUUGAUCUCUACGUUCGAGAACUUGAUAACCUCAAAUUUGAGCUAUCCAUGAACCGUUGCAGUGAUAGAUUGUCGAGGCUGGCAGAUGAAAUUCUAGAGCAAGAAACUUCAUCCAAGGAUCGGCAUGAGAAUUGGCAUCAGUGGCUUGGUAGACAUCAGUCGAAGCAACAAGGUGCGGCCCUUCCAUCACAACUUCCAGCCAGAGCUGAUCAACCCUCGUGCACAGAAUGCAUUCCCCGAAUUCAAAUUAUGAGGGCUGAUUACCUGCCGAAACAUCAGGAUGGUCAGGACCCUCCAAUGUCAAGUCCUUCCUCCCAGAGUCCCUUUCUCAACAGGCAUACGAUACCAAAUGGAUCUUCAGGGUCUCCCUCUUCUAAUUCAAGUCGACUGCUUAAUCAAAGGAAAAUGUUUGCAGAGUCCCAGAUUGGAAGGUCCAGUUUCCAAAAGCUUUUAGAGCCAAGGCCUCCUCAGAGAUCUGGAAUUGCUCCUUAUAGAGUGGUUCUUGGUAAUGUAAAGGACAAGCUUAUGAAGGCACAAAGACGUUUGGAGCUUCUCCUUGAAGAUCUUCCUUGUGAGUAUGACCCUUGGGAUUGCUAUGACACUUCAGAUCAACUUUUAGAACCGCUGCUCCUAUGCUACGAGUCUUUGCAAUCAUGUGGAUCUGGGGUGCUAGCUGAUGGUCGGCUUACUGAUCUGAUCCGAAGAGUUGCUACAUUUGGGAUGGUACUAAUGAAGCUCGAUUUGCGUCAGGAAUCUGGGAGACAUGCUGAAACGCUUGAUGCUGUUACCAAAUAUUUGGAUAUGGGUACGUACAGUGAGUGGGAUGAAGAAAAGAAACUCGAAUUUCUUACUAAAGAGCUUAAAGGGAAAAGACCACUAGUCCCAAAAAGCAUGGAGGUUGGUCCUGAUGUUAAGGAAGUACUUGAUACCUUCCGCGUUGCUGCGGAGCUGGGGAGUGAUUCACUUGGAGCCUAUGUGAUUUCUAUGGCGUCAAACGCAAGUGAUGUCCUCGCAGUCGAGCUUUUGCAGAAAGAUGCACGACUUGCUGUUAGUGGGGGGCUAGGAAGGCCAUGUCCUGGUGGAACGCUGCGGGUGGUUCCUUUGUUUGAAACUGUGAGCGACUUGAGAGAAGCUGGCUCAGCGAUCAGAAAAUUAUUAUCCAUUGAUUGGUACAGGGAGCACAUAACCAAGAACCACAAUGGUCUUCAAGAGGUGAUGGUUGGAUAUUCGGAUUCUGGUAAAGAUGCUGGGCGUUUCACUGCGGCAUGGGAACUUUACAAAGCUCAAGAGGAUGUUGUGGCCGCAUGCAAUGAAUUUGGCAUUAAGGUUACCCUGUUCCACGGGCGAGGGGGAAGUAUCGGUCGUGGAGGUGGCCCUACAUAUCUUGCCAUUCAAUCUCAACCUCCGGGCUCUGUAAUGGGUACCCUACGAUCAACUGAGCAAGGAGAGAUGGUUCAGGCAAAAUUUGGGCUGCCACAAACUGCUGUCAGGCAGCUAGAAAUAUACACGACAGCUGUGCUGCUUGCAACUAUAAAACCUCCACUCUCACCUCGCGAAGAAAAGUGGCGUAACCUCAUGGAGGAGAUCUCAAAAAUCAGUUGUCAGAACUACCGGAGUGUAGUCUACGAAAAUCCAGAAUUCCUUGACUACUUCCAUGAGGCUACACCCCAGGCUGAGCUUGGCUUCCUCAACAUUGGAAGCCGCCCCACAAGAAGAAAGACCUCCACAGGAAUUGGACAUCUUCGUGCAAUUCCAUGGGUGUUUGCAUGGACCCAGACCAGAUUUGUUCUUCCAUCAUGGCUCGGAGUUGGAGCAGGCUUAAGGGGGGUUUGCGAGAAGGGACACACCGACGACUUGAAAGCUAUGUACAAAGAAUGGCCCUUCUUUCAGUGUACCCUUGACCUUAUAGAGAUGGUUUUGGGGAAGGCAGACACUCAUAUAGCCAAACAGUACGACGAAGUCCUUGUCUCAGAAAGCAGGCGACAUCUUGGUUCUGAGCUGCGAAGGGAGCUCUUGACUACAGAGAAGUAUGUACUGGUGGUUAGCGGGCACGAGAAACUAUCUGAGAAUAAUCGGAGCUUGAGGAAGCUUAUUGAAAGCAGGCUCCCCUUUCUCAAUCCUAUGAACAUGUUACAGGUUGAGGUACUCAAGAGACUGAGACGCGAUGACGAUAACAAUAAACUCCGAGAUGCAUUGCUCAUAACAAUAAAUGGGAUCGCCGCAGGGAUGAGAAACACAGGCUGAGUGAAGUCAUCCAAUCUCUUGGAUGUAACUAUUUUACUGAGGAUUUCCACAUUUGCUUUAUUUUUUUUCCUGUCUUGCUUCUUGUAAGGGUUGCUGUAAUUCGGAGGCUAAGUCUGAGAAACGGUGUAUGCAUCGAUCAGUCGGUUUCAUGGACGUAUUACACACAUAGUACUACUACAACGGUGAAAUGUUGAAUUGCUUUUAAUUUGCA